AUGUGGUCUUGGUUUGGCGGCGCCGCCGCGCAGAAGCGCAAGGAUGCCCCCAAGAACGCUAUCCUUAGUCUCCGCGCCCAGCUGGAAAUGCUUCAAAAGCGGGAGAAACAUCUUGAGAAUCAGAUCGCCGAGCAAGACGCCGCUGCGCGGAAGCACAUUACCUCCAAUAAAAAUGGAGAGGCUGACGGUUGGGAUAAUUCCAAAAAAAUUUUAGCUGCGAAGGCUGCGCUGCGACGGAAGCAUCAACACGAGAAAAAUCUUGAGCAAACCUCGGCGCAGGUUGUGCAGCUCGAACAACAGAUCUAUUCAAUCGAGGCGGCGAACAUUAAUCACGAGACGCUUCAGGCGAUGAGGACCGCCGGUGAUGCUAUGAAGCAAAUUCACAAUGGCAUGAGUAUUGAGGAAGUCGACAAUACAAUGGACAAACUCCGAGAACAACACAUGCUCAGCCAGGAAAUUGGCGACGCGAUUACGAACAUGCCGCUGGGCGAGCAAAUGGACGAGGGAGAACUGGAGGCCGAAUUGGAAGGAUUGGAGCAGGAAGCUAUGGACGAGCGUAUGCUCAACACAGGACCUACACCCGUCGGAAAUCGGCUGGAGGGCCUCCCUGCUGCGGGCACUGCAGAACUCAACAAGCCGCAUGCGAAAGACGAAGAAGAGGACGAGGAGGCCGAAUUGGCCAAACUCAAGGCAGAAAUGGCCAUUUGA